AUGAACACAACAGAUCUUGCUCUGGAUUUAAUCGGGCGUUGCCCAAGUUUGACACUUGCUCUUGACGACCGCGACGAGUCCCCCUUCUUAGCUUUGGCUUCUAUGCCCCACGCAUUUCCGAGUGGAAAUCGGCUCGUGUGGUGGAAACAAUGGAUCUAUUCCCGUAUACGCAUUAAUGAUCCAUCGGAUCCUUCCACCAGUGAAACUCGUCUGGGCAUUCCCAACGACGUUGAAAAUGGCCGCCAACUGCCAGCAGUACUGUUGCGCCAUCUAGUUUCAAUUGUCUGCAACUUCCUGGGAACCAAGCAAUUAUAUGAAAUGAAGAAGAACCAUGUCCAAUCCAAGAAACUUCUUUCCGACAUGUGUAAGGUGAUAUCAAUAUCCAAUACUAGACAACUUACAAGUGGUCGGGUCUAUGAUGCAAUCAACCGUGCUGUUAAGAAUGGGAUUUUCGAGUUUGUUUCUACGAUAGUGAGUAUGGAUUCAAGAUUUUUGGAGAUUGAAGAUAGAAAUUCGAGGAACAUAUUUAUGCUUGCUGUUCUAUAUCGACAAUCUAAUAUCUUUAGCCUUAUAUAUGGGCUUGAUAUGAAGAACACGUUGACAUCUUAUGAAGAUCUCAACGAGGAUAACAUGUUACAUAUGGCAGGAAUAAUAGAAGAUUCCACUAGACUUAAUCGAAGUUCUGGUGCAGCUUUACAAAUGCAGAGAGAGUUACAAUGGUAUGAGGAGGUGAAGAGAAUUGUCAAUCCCAAGAUUAAAGAAGGUACUAACAAAGAUGCUUUAACUCCACGACAACUGUUUACGAAGAACCAUGAGAACAUGAUGGAAAAGGGAGAGAAAUGGAUGAAGGACACAGCAUCGUCAUGUACAGUGGUGGGUGCUCUGAUUGUUACCAUCAUGUUCGCUGUAGCUUUUACCGUUCCAGGUGGUAACGACCAAACUACAGGCUUUCCAAUAUUCUUAAAGAAAAAAUUGUUUAUGCUCUUUCUAAUAUCCGAUGCAUUGUCCCUUUUUGGUUCCUCAACUUCAGUCUUAAUGUUUUUGGGAAUUCUCACAUCACGCUAUGCAGAAGAAGAUUUUCUUGAGUAUUUGCCAAGGCAGAUGAUAAUAGGCCUUUUCACCCUCUUUUGCUCUAUUGCGACAAUGAUGAUAGCAUUUUCUGCUGCUCUUUUAAUCAUACUACAUGGGAAAUUAUGGAUUGCAAUUCCUCUCGUUUGUUUCGCUGGUGUUCCGGUCACCUUCUUCAUAUGGAUUCAAUUCCCUAUUCUUAAAGAUAUGAUCAUUUCAACGUAUGGAUCAGGCAUCUUUGACAAAAAAGAUGAAACGUUAAUUAAUGUACGUAAUUGAUCCACUGUGUUUUAAUUAUGGUGCUAAUUGAUAGGAGAUCAUGUAUAUUUGUUGCAUGAAUUAUUGGCAUAUCAGCCAAAAGGGAAGAUUUGUUGCCUUUUGCUGGACCGAUAAAUGAGGGAUUUUCAACAGGUUUA